AGGCAGCACCAUGUCAGUGUGACAACUGAUCGGGUGAACGAUGCACCACUAACCACCAUGGAAACAGGAAGAAAUAAAGCCAGCUUGCAGGAUCUCUCUACACUGGCUUGAGAGUCAGCCUGCCGGCUGAGAGAAAGAGUUCCUUGAAAAAGAAGGAAUCCUAGCUGCAGCCUUCUGCCUUCCUUUAUGUUUUAGAGUCCGGAGACGAGAUCAGUUACAUGUGUGCAUAUCUAUAGUAAAUAUUCGUGUCUACUUUAUUGCACACAUACAUAUGCAUCUAUUUACGCCCAGGCAAAAACACAACCAUGUGAUUAUCUCAAUCAAGGAACUGAAGAAUUCAGCACGCAGGAACACUGGCGUGUUCUAGCACUGAGACUGCUUUCGCAAGCAUCAUGCUGCUAUUCCUGCAAGUACUGAACAAGCAGGGGAUGUGAAUAUUAUACCCUUAAAUAAAUGAAUUACUCCAUCACCUCUGAUCAUCUAUACAUACUCCAUCUUCCAAAAGCUCAUCAUUGUUACAUCAUUAAGAAGACAGUGAUCUUUUCUACAACAUGCAUGAAAUUUUUGGACAAUGCAAUUGUGGCACUGGCACGUGCUUUCAUGAAGAAAAACUUCGCAGUUCUAUGGCAUUCAUUGUUUGACAAAUCCAAAUACUUUCCUUAUCAUUCAGUUCCUGUUGAACUUACUGUCUGUGACUGUGGAAUCCUUAAGGGCCCAUUAAAUUUCUGAAGAAAAAAGCUAAGAUGAAGGACAUGCCACUCCAAAUUCAUGUGCUACUCGGCCUAACUAUCACUACACUAGUACAAGCUGUAGAUAAGAAAGUGGAUUGUCCACAACUGUGUACAUGUGAAAUCAGGCCUUGGUUUACACCAAGAUCCAUUUAUAUGGAAGCAUCUACAGUGGACUGUAAUGAUUUAGGUCUUUUAAAUUUCCCAGCCAGAUUGCCUGUUGACACACAGAUUCUGCUCCUACAGACUAACAAUAUUGCAAAAAUUGAAUACUCCACAGACUUUCCAGUAAACCUUACUGGCCUGGACUUAUCUCAGAACAAUUUAUCUUCAGUCACCACUAUAAAUGUAAAAAAGAUGCCUCAGCUCCUCUCUGUGUACCUAGAGGAAAACAAACUUACUGACCUGCCUGAGAAAUGUCUGUCUGGACUGAGCAACUUACAAGAACUGUAUAUUAAUCACAAUUUGCUUUCUACAAUUUCACCUGGAGCCUUUAUAGGCCUUCAUAACCUUCUUCGACUUCAUCUCAAUUCAAAUAGAUUGCAAAUGAUCAACAGUAAGUGGUUUGAUGCUCUUCCAAAUCUAGAGAUUCUAAUGAUUGGGGAAAAUCCAAUCAUCAGAAUCAAAGACAUGAACUUUAAGCCUCUUAUCAAUCUUCGCAGUUUGGUUAUAGCUGGUAUAAACCUCACAGAAAUACCUGAUAAUGCCUUGGUCGGACUUGAAAACUUAGAAAGCAUCUCUUUUUAUGACAACAGGCUUAUUAAAGUGCCCCAUGUUGCUCUUCAGAAAGUCGUUAACCUCAAAUUUUUGGAUCUAAAUAAAAAUCCUAUUAAUAGAAUACGAAGGGGUGAUUUUAGCAAUAUGCUACACUUAAAAGAGUUGGGGAUAAAUAAUAUGCCUGAAUUGAUUUCUAUUGACAGUCUUGCUGUGGAUAACUUGCCAGAUUUAAGGAAAAUAGAAGCUACUAAUAACCCCAGAUUGUCUUACAUUCACCCCAAUGCAUUUUUCAGACUCCCCAAGCUGGAAUCACUCAUGCUGAACAGCAAUGCCCUCAGUGCCCUGUACCAUGGUACCAUUGAGUCUCUGCCAAACCUCAAGGAAAUCAGCAUACACAGCAACCCCAUCAGGUGUGACUGUGUUAUCCGUUGGAUUAAUAUGAACAAGACCAACAUUCGAUUUAUGGAGCCAGAUUCACUGUUCUGUGUGGAUCCACCUGAAUUCCAAGGCCAGAAUGUUCGUCAAGUGCAUUUCAGGGACAUGAUGGAAAUUUGCCUCCCUCUUAUAGCUCCUGAGAGCUUUCCUUCUAACCUGGAUGUAGAUGCUGGGAGCUAUUUUUCCUUACAUUGUAGAGCUACUGCCGAGCCACACCCUGAAAUCUAUUGGAUAACGCCUUCUGGUCAAAAGCUCUUGCCUAAUACACUGACAGAGAAGUUCUAUGUCCAUUCUGAAGGCACACUAGAUAUAAGUGGCAUAAGCCCAAAAGAAGGAGGUUUAUAUACCUGCAUAGCAACUAACCUAGUUGGUGCUGAUUUGAAGUCUGUUAUGGUCAAGGUGGAUGGUUUCUUUCCCCAGGAUAACGAUGGAUCUUUGAAUAUUAAAAUAAGAGAUAUUCAGGCCAAUUCAGUUCUGGUAUCUUGGAAAGCAAGUUCUAAAAUUCUAAAAUCCAGUGUUAAGUGGACAGCUUUUGUCAAGAGCGAAAGUUUCCACGCUGCCCAGAGUGCUCGAAUACCAUCUGAUGUCAAGGUAUAUAAUCUCACUCGUCUGAACCCGUCAACUGAGUAUAAGAUUUGUAUUGAUAUUCCCACCAUCUAUCAGAAAAAUAGAAAACAAUGCAUAAAUGUCACCACAAAAGGUUUGGACUCGGAUCAAAGAGAGUAUGAAAAGAAUAACACCACAACAUUUAUGGCCUGCCUUGGAGGACUUCUGGGGAUUAUUGGUGUGAUAUGUCUUUUCAGCUGCCUGUCUCAAGAAAUGAACUGUGAUGGUGUCCACAGUUAUGUGAGGAAUUACUUACAGAAACCAACCUUUGCGUUCAGUGAGUUUUAUCCUCCUCUGAUAAACCUCUGGGAAGCAGGCAAGGAAAAAACUACAUCAUUGGAAGUGAAAGCAACUGUUAUAGGUGUGCCAACAAAUAUGUCCUAAAAACAACCAACGAUACCUACUUCAGAGAAAAGCUUGAGACUGCAAUUGUGCUAAAAAAUAAAGGGGGGGAAAUGGCAAGAAAUAUUACAUUCUAGAAAGAAGUUAAAGCUUCACCAAUGCUGCUCCUGACUAAUGGAAAUAUGUACAAGUUCAGCAUUUUAAUUAAGUGGUUUCAAAGAGUACUGUGGCAACCAAAUAAAAUAACUACAUUUUCUAAAACUUUCAUGUAACUUUUAUGUCUGGACUACAGUUAAAGUGGACAAAAACAUUUCUGUAUUUUUUUUAAGUAUAUAAGAGUAGCUGAACUGAGCAAUACCUCCUCCUGUGUUGUAUUACACAUAUUAGCCACGAGUUUUUACAGUGACCAGAUAAACUCGAAUUGACACGUGGUGUAAUAAAAUGGACAAAUUCUGUAGAGUAGACACAGUGAGUAUGUGGACUUCUUUUAUAAGGAAAA